ACCCAACCAAGUGAUUUCUUUAUCGGAUCCGACCUUACUCUCUCUCAUCCAACGCUGUCUCGUAAGUUCUCUGUUUUAAAAGAAAAGAAUAAGAAUGUAUGAGUUCUCAUCCCAGUUUCUAAUAGUUGUUAUCUCAUUCUUUUGGCUUUACAGCUGACAGAAUGAUGUGUGUCUAUGAAUACUUGCAGAAAAAGGAUCACCAUGAAAUUUCAAAAGAAGAUCAAAUAUCGGAUGAUGACCGGCAAAUGAUUAAUUCAAGAAUGUAUCCUCUGAGUCAUCGUGGGAUAGGUGCGGUUAUUUCUUUCUCCGUGUACGACAGCCGACUCUCAAGUAAGCCAGUUGGACUCCUUUGUGAAACCACCGAUGCACUGGCAUUUGCUAAAAAGUACAUAGGCACCGUUGUCCAAUUACUCUCCGGCUCAAAUGCGAUGCAGGUAGACAAGGGCAUCUUUGUACUACUUUACUUGUCUGACGAAAUAAAGACGACGGUGACGAUGCUCGAUUUGGAGAAACAGGUGGAAGGACCGAACGGUGCGUUUCAAGCCAGCCAACUGAUUGAAAUAAUCUCGUCUGUAGCUGCCACACACCCAGAUCCUUCGCUGCGUUUCUUUAGUUAUAAGCUAGUAGAAAAGUUUUUGAAUUUUGGAGAUGAAGAAACACGUGUGUUUCUUUUAAGAGAACUAUUAGAGACCUGCCCGUUUCAUUGUAUGAAGACAGCGGCCAUUGGUUUACUCAAAGAACAAAUCAACCAAGCCUUUGCCAAGGGUGUUUCCGUAUUCACAAGUCCGUUGAUUGUAAAAGUAUUCUUUCCUCUUGUGUUUCAAUGCGAUUGGAACGAGGAAGCGUUUUGGGAUGACUAUGCUCAUGUGAUGCAAGCUCUCAAUCUGUAUUUUUACUUGCUUAUUAAAGACAGACCUCAUAAUUUGACGACAGUGUGGAGUACAGAGAAUAUCAAGAGUAUGCAGAAGAACUACUUGAAUCCGCUUACUCACUUACUUGAUACAUUGAAACCCAAUAAGGAAAUUGAAUGUCAAGAUAUGCAAGUUGAUAUGAUGAGAAAUGUCGUAUCUAAAAUCCUUGCCAUAGUUUCAGACUAACUUUUAUAUGAGACAAUAUAUACAUAUAAAAAAGAAUAUACAAAUUUGAUGGGGUAUAAAAUAAAAUAAAAUCAACCCUAUUUUAGGCA